AUGAAAAAAUUGCUGAAGACAAAUAAAGAUCUUGGGAAUCAAUAUUUAGACUUUACAUAAUUAUUUGAAAAGAAACUCAAACAACCAACAAUAAAUAAUGAUAAUAAAAAGGAGUUAAUUGAAUAAUAUAGACAGCGUAAUUUCAAACAUGAACCCUAACCGUUCUAUGAAUCAUCAGAAAUUAUUGUUUAUGGAUCUUUUGAGAAUUCAAAUAUCAUGGCUGUAUAACAAGAAGGCAAUGAAUUAAAUAUAUUAUUGAAUGGAGACACUAAUACAAAUGGAUGUACAUAAUGGUUUUAUUUUGGUAUUUUGGUCAAAUAACCUUAACAAUUUACUUUUCGUAUUCUUAAUAAUAGGAGAGGUAAAUCUCUAUUAAAAGAAUACAAUCAUAUUAGAGUAUAUGAUAAUAAUAAAUGGAAUUGUGAAACUACUAAAGAAUUAUAUUAUUACAGAACAAAUAUAAAUCAUCCCUUUUAUCAUUCUUAAGAUUCUUCUAUUGCAAACCUACAGCAAAAUUUUCCAUUGCAUACUUUACAAUUUAAUUAUAAUUUCACUUAAAAUAAAAGUAUUGUGUACUUUGCAUUAACUUUACCUUACACAGUCAGUAAUCUAUAUCAUUUAGUUUAUCAUUCAACAUUAAAACAUAAAGUAUUAUGUAGUACUCCUUUGGGAUUACCUAUAUUUAAACUUAAAACUAAAAAUAAAAGUAAAGUAUAUUUUUAUAUUGAAAUAAUUAGCUUCUGAAGUUGUGAUCAUUUUGGCACGUCAACAUCCAAGUGAAUCAGUAGGUUCACACAUUUGUGAAGAAAUAGUUAAAUUAUUAGAUGCUGGUCAUUAGGUUUAGAAUAAAUUUAGAUGUAUAAUAUUUCCAAUGCUUAAUCCAGAUGGUGUAUUUCUUGGGAAUUCUAGAUGUAAUUUUAAUGGAAUAGAUUUAAAUAGGUAAAAAUAAUUAUUAUCUUUAUUUUUAGGAAAUGGGAUAUGCCUAAUUAAAAUACUGAACCAGAAAUUUAUAAUAUAGUAAAACAUAUCAAAAAGUACAAAGUAGCCUUUCUUCUUGAUUUACAUGGACAUUCUAAAAAAUUGAAUUAAUUUCUUUAUGGUUGUGCUACUCCUAUUAAACAUAUUUCAGAUUAUAUGAGAGUUAAAUAAUUUAGUAGAUUAUUACAAUAAGGAUGUGAUCUCUUUAAUUAUUUUGUAAUCAAAUUUUAAUUAUAUAUUAGAAUUGCUCAUUUAAUGUGACACCAGAUAGAAUGAGUACUGCUAGAGUUGCUAUGUGGAAAAAGUUUUAAAUUCCUAAUUCAAUGACUAUUGAAACCUCUUUAUAUGGAGCAUUAAAAAAACCAUUUGAAAAAGAAGAAUUUCAUCUAUUAGCUUAAAAUAUUUUAAAUGCUCUUUUUCAAUAUGAUGAAUCUUAAUCUGAUCCUCAUCUAUUUGAUGCUUAAGAAAUCAAUCAAGCUAUCAAAUUAAUUAAAAAAGAGGGAAUUGAUGAUAAAGAAUCUGGAUCUGAUUCAGAUGCUGAGUAGGAUAUUAUUAUAGCAAGAAAUCCAAGAUUAAAAGUCACAUCCAGAAGAGAUUCAACUCCUUUAAUGGUUAAAAGUAAACCUAAAUAAUAAUCUGAAACACCUAUUUAAUAACCUACUCUUUUCUUUAAGAAUGAAUAGACCUAUAGUUACAAGAAGAUACCAUCAUAUCAGAUGAAAAGAAAAGUGUAAUAUUAUUUAUUAAGUUUAGUUCUCGAAUGAAUUCUUUUCAGAGUCAAAUCAUUGAUGAACCCUUAAGUGCCCAAUUACCUACUAUUUAUAAUAUACCAAGCAAGUAAUAUAAAGGGACUCUUGAUCUGAUAUAGGCUAUAUAAGUGAAAUCCCUUUCUAGAUAAUAGUGA